GAACGGACGAAAUUGAGGACAUUUGAAACUUUUCGGCUAUUAUCGGCUGUCAGUUUCAUUCUAUAAAUUUUAUAUCAAAUAUAUAUUGACAACUUUUUUCUAUUGAAAUUUUUAUUAGAUAAUUUAAGAUUAAAUCAACAUUUGAAGUUAUGUCUUUCUGUAAAUUAGUUCUGAGUAUUGCCAUGAUUUCCAUGAUUGUGAAUCAGGUGAACAGUGGCGAACAGGAUGAGAAAUACGAAUGGGAUAAGAAUGGUUAUAUUAUAUUCUGUUUAUGUAUGGGGAGAUUUGGUAAUCAAGUGGAUCAUUUACUUGGAGGUCUGGCUUUCGCAAAAAUGUUGGGUCGAACAUUAAUUCUUCCGCCGUUCCGAACUUACCGAAAUGUUCAUUUUGACGAAUAUUUCAAAGUAGAAGAAAUUGCGAAAUACCAUAAAGUGAUCUUAGCCGAUGAAUUUAUGGAGCAUUUAGCACCUAAAUAUUGGCCUGAAAAACAACGAUAUGGCUUUUGCUAUUUACCUAAAAGUGAUGAAAAACUAGGGUGUAGAAUGAAAUCUGGAUCUCCUUUCGGCCCGUUUUGGGAUGGUCUCAAAGUUGACUUUGUUAAAGAUAUAGUUUAUCAGUUAUCCUACGGUGAAGAAAGUAAAUUACAAUGGUUAAAAAGAUAUAAGCCUUCAAAGUAUCCGGUUUUGGCUUAUAGGGGAUCACCAGCAGCAUUUCCAAUACGGAGGGAACAUCAAUUUUUACAAAAGUACCUAGUGUUUAGUGACAAGAUUGUAACUGAAUCUGAAAAGUAUAUAAACGAAAAUUUUCCAAAGGAAAAUUUCAUUGGCAUUCAUUUAAGAAAUAAUGUUGAUUGGGCAAAUGCAUGUAAAGAUGUAGAAAAGCUAAAAACACCUGCCUAUAUGGCUUCACCGCAAUGUCUAGAUGGAGACUCCCAAAAUAUCGUGACUAAUAAUAUGUGUUUUCCGGAUGAUAAGGAAAUUUUAAGAUUAGUUAAGAGUAUAGUCCUGAAAACUAAGUAUAAAGUUGUUUUCGUAGCGACUGACAAGAGAAAUAUGAAAGCUGAAUUGGAAGAGCACCUUCAAAGCGAGAAUGUAAGAAUCUAUCACUGGGAUCCGUGGAAUCCUUUGUAUGAUCUGGCUGUCCUUAUCAAAUCGGAUUACUUUAUUGGUAAUUGCGUAUCAUCUUUCACAUCUUUUGCAACAAGAGCUAGGAAAUAUGCCGGUGAUAGGCCCACUCUUUUUUGGGGCGUCAAUUAA